AUGGCAAACGACAGUGACCUGAGGUCACUUUUAACAAUUUCGUCGAGGUCUGAUGGCAGCACCUCACCUCAGCUUCGCAAGUGGAGGAACAUACCCCUUCACGAAAGGUGUUCUAUGAAUGACAUGGUCAGGAUCAAGGAGGUGUUCGAGGCGGCUAAUGGAAACAAGCUGUUGGAAAAUGAUUUCAGAAAUCUAUUAAGAACGUUGCUUAACGUAGAAUACGACGACGAAGAAUUUAAAAUACUUUUCAUGAAGAUCAACACGAGUCGUGACGGUGAGAUUGACUGGGACCAGUUGGUGUCACAUCUGCUCCUUGGCUACUUCGGCAGCGAUCAAGAGGACCAAGACGAGUCUCUCCAGUUGCCCAUCAUGGGCCUGCCGAAGAUUAUGCGUUCGCAACACCGCCAUCCCAUAUCCAGGAUAUGCUUCUGUCCGGAUGUUGCUAAAGACCGCAGCACCGAUCCAAUGCAGGGCUCGUACAUCACGGCAAGUCGUGACGGCAUGAUCAAUUGGUGGUCGCUUGACAUGGCACGGCUGAGAACCGCCUAUUCGUCGAGUCCGCAGCUUAAGGUGCGCACCACAUGGGUGACAGACCUGGCUUGCAUGCCAGACGUGAACAUCGUGGUGACCAGCUCCACCGAGCGAGACCUUCGCUUCUACGACUGCAGCGCAGGAACUUUUACGCUAAAGAUCGUCCUCUCCAGUUGGGAGCAUAUGAUAUGCACCAUGUACUACCACUUCCACAAAGAGGAGACCGAAAACAGCCUGCUGAUCUGCGGCGACGUGGGCGGUUUCGUGCGCGUGCUGCAGUUUUCGCCGGUGCUGCGCGGGCCCUUCCGCAAUCAGCCCGGCAAGGCUCUUCAGCAGCUGCGCCACAUCGACCUUCAGAAGAGGCCGCAUCUUCUCCCCGAGCUGCAGCUGGUGGAGUUUCCUCGGGCACACACGGACUGGGUGCGCCAGGUGGCCUAUUACGCGUCGCUGCACUGCGUGGUCUCCUGCGCCACCUGCCCAGACUCCCUCCUGAUGUGCGACCUCGCCGCAUCCAGGACGCACAAUACCUUCCACACGGAGAAGGGCGUGCAGUGCUUCGCUUUUGACGAGGAGGCGCACGUGCUGGUGACGGGCGGGCCGGACUGCGCGGUGCGCGUGUGGAACGCGUUCGUGGCGAGGUCCGCCAGCGCGGUGCUGCAGGGCCACCGCGCCGGCGUCGUGGCCCUCGUGCUGCAGGACGCCGCCCGGCGCGCCUACUCGUUCGCCAGGGACCGCGUCCUCAAGGUCUGGGACCUCCAGGCGCAGACGUGCUUGCAGACCUACAUCGACAUUCCGCCACAAGUGGGCGAACGAACCCCGAUCUCGGUGGUCUACAACCCGGCGACGCGAGAACUGAUCCUGGGGGCCAUAAAGAUAGCCACCUUGGUCCUGGACGAGCAGCUGAACCCCCUGCACACUGACGGCUUCACCCACUCACGCGCCGUCUCCAAGCUCCUCUAUAACCCCUUGUUCAAAGUGGUCAUCACUUGCGGCAUGGACAGCAUUAUUAUCAACUGGGAUCCACUAACGGGCAAGCGAAACGUGAUAAUCCGCUGGGCGCACUCGCGUCUCUUGCACGGCGAAUUGGUGCCGGUGGAGAUCACGGCUGCCUGUUUCGAUCCCGCACACCAACUGCUGCUCACCGGUGCCAGAGACGGCUCUCUAAAGACGUGGAACUUCAACACCGGCGUGUGCCUGCGGACCAUGGAGAUUGAGCAUAUGUGCGAGGUGACCAGCUGCUUUUGGGUCGAAGGCAGGAUCCUGGCGGUGGGCUGGAACCGGCACGUGACCGAGUUCGAGGACACGGGCCUGUCGUCGCGCGGCAAGAGCUGGGAGACGAGGCACCGGGACGACGUGCUGGCGGCGGCCGUGCGCGCGCCCCUCACCAUCGCCACCGCCUCCUACGCCUCGGAGCUGCUGCUCUGGAAGCUGGAGACGGGCCAGCCCUACAGGAGGUUCUCGUGCACUGAGCCGACGCUUCGCAUCAAGAUGCAGUACAGCAAGCGUACCGCGUCGCCACAGCUGGCCGCAUCGCCGCCGCCCGCGCCUCGCGCCUCCGCCGUAUUCCGGCCCAGCGUGGGCGGGCUCCGGUCCGGGCGGGCGCGGCGCGUGUCCACGGUGGCGCUGCCCGCCCACGCCCAGGGCCUGCGCCAGCUCGCCGUGCACGCCAUGAUCUUUCUAGAAACGCGCCCUCUCAGUAUGCACGUCGCUUCCCUGAUGCUGUCGCUGGAGAAUGGUCAGGUACAGUGCUGGUCGGACCACCCGGCGGGCGGGUACAAGGGCUCGUUCCAGUGCAUCCACACGGCCGGCGACUACGUGUCCGCCUUCGCCACGGACCUCAAGAACGACUAUCUUUUUACCGGGACCACUGUGGGCUACGUGAAAGUGUGGCUCAUGACUAACUACUUAACGGGUGAAAAGGUGAGCGUAAGCAUGCCUCGACUGCGCCUGGAGUUUCCGUUCCUGUUGCGCGACCGCGUGGAGGGGCGAGCCAAGCGGUGCGUGAGGGACCAGCCCUUGCCUCUCCUGCUGAACAGCUACCGCGCCCACCUUCGCUGUGUUACUGCCCUCGCCUACAUCGACCAGCACAAACUGCUACUCACUGGCAGCUCGGACUACAGCGUGCGCAUGUGGCGGCUGACGGGAGAAUACCUAAACACGCUGGGCAGCUUUGUGCCCUGGUCGCUGGAGACCACGCGCUUCCCGCCCGACGUGCAGAAGGUCGCCAGUUUCACCACUUUCAAGGUGUGGCGCGGCGGCUACGUGUCGCGCUACGUGCCGGGGCGCGUGGCGGCCGACGUGUCGGACGUGACGGCGGAGGAGCUGCGCACGCGCACGUGGGGCGCGGCGCCGCGGCCGCCCGCGCUGGGCCGCAGCACGGCGCUGCCGCCGCGGCCCGAGCCGCAGCGGCCGCCGCGCCUCGACGCCUCGCUGCCCACCAUCCCGCUGUACGCGCACCUGCGGCUGAGCGGCGCGCAGCCGGUGCGCCGCCCGCCCACGCCCGACCUGGUGCGCGCCACCAGGCUGCGCCGCGCCGCCCCCCGGCGCACCCGCUUCGACGCGCCCCCGUCGCGCGCAGACUCGCACCGGCCCACGCAC